CAGUCUAAAAGGGUUGAUUGUUGGAAUGUAGCGAAAACAUCCGAACUAAUUUGCAAAAAUCAGCUUUUUGGCGUUAUGGCUGCUUCACAUGGCGAGCUGCAGGCAGCGAUAUAUGAAUAUGCAUUGUUUCUGAUAUUUUCAUGCUGGCAAUCCCAAGACUCUAUACCUAUGCUGUCAGAUGUCUAUCUAUAUCUUAGUGGCUCUCUAUCAAGGGAGACCCUUUCCCCCCAAGCAGAGAAUGAGCGAAAUCAACUAUGCUCCAGACUCAAAUCUCUUCAAGAGAAGCAAAAUAAUGCAGCACCUCUUCCCCCAAGACCCCCCAAGACUGUGACUCAGCCUCCACUACUAGCAGAGGAAGAAGACUUCUAUGAUGAUACCAUGGCCGUUGAACCCCCAGCAACAUCCCCAUCUUAUUACACUAUGAGCGUGGAAGGCGUUCCUCAUGAAACAGAUGACAGUGAAGUUAAGGAAAAUUAUGAAGUAAUGGCUGCCGACAAUAGGCUAGAUAAUGACAACUACGAGGUGGCAUUGGUUGAAGAUGAGACAUAUGACGAACCAGAAAAAGAGAAAGAGGAGACCAAUGAGACGGAUGUACCACAAGAGGCCCCUGCUGGCAAAACAGCUUCCGAGCCAGCAUCUGAUGAGAUAUAUGAAGGUGUUGACGGAGAGGAAACCCCACCCAUUAAGAUAGAGGCUACCAACCACCAUGCCAAGGCUUUCACCCACGACCUAGAGAACCUGGCCAAGCCACUAAAAGUGUCUGAUGUCCCAAAUGUUUUCUUACAGGGGUACCUUUGCAAGCACCGUAAAAAGGGUAUCUACAUUGGUAGCAAGUGGCAGAAGCGUUACUGUGUUCUGCGAGACUAUGCCAUGUACUACUUCAAAGAUAACCAUGCUGAGAAGCAAAAGGGCACCAUUAUCCUGCCAGGCUAUACACCUGUACCAGCAAACAGGAGCAAAAAAGAGUUCAGCCUGGUGCGAGAGAACGAUAGAAUCUACACAUUCUUAGCUGAGUCACAAGAGGAUGCAGAAAUGUGGAUGCAGGGGAUCAAAAAAUGUGCCGGUGCAAUGCUGUCCAAGCGACAGAGUGAAAUUCUCUCUGAUAUCCGCAAGAAAGAGCAUGAGGGAGAUGAGGAUAGCUUGACAUAUGAUGACCUUGCAGAGGGUGCUACAAAGUCCUCCGACAAUGAGGAGAGCUUUGACGGCGAAAUGUAUGAUGAUGUAGCUGCUGGUACAAAACUUCAGGAAGACAAGCUAGAAGACUACGAGGUCCCAGACACUAACAUGUCCACAAAACCUCCUCAAGUCCCACUAUCUGACGAGUGCUACGAGGCUCCUGUCGAAUCUGAGGAGGCACCUCCCAUACAGCCACCACGCCCACCCAAAUCUGAACCCAUACAGGGAGAGACAUAUGAUCUUGUACAGGAGCCAACACCUCCUGUUGCUCCUGCAAGUCAAUCCGAGGCGGCACUAGGGGACGAGUUCUAUGACACUGCAGAAGAAGAGACUGUUUCCCCCCUAGAGCCAGUACUGAAACCUCCACAGCAACCCAUUGCUCCCUCAAGGACGCUUCCUACUCCUGAAAGACCACCAAAGCCAGCUGCUCCAGCCCCUGUGUUUGAUGCAGGAGGUGACAGGCUUGAUGAGGAUAUGUAUGACUUGGUGGAUGCAGCUAAGGUGCCACCUUCACAGACUGUCCCUAUUCAAGAUUCAGAAUAUGAAGUGGCUGACACACCACCAUCCCGCCCUGAUAAGCCAAGUAAUGCACCCCAUAUACGAACCACGCCACUUCCUCCCCCUCCAGAGGAGCCUGUCCCUCCACGACCAAGCAAACCAGGAGCAAAGCCUUCCCCACCGCUCUCCACUCGACCACCACCACUUGGUGCCAAACCAACCUUACCCACCCCUUCUGAGGAGUCUAAACCAUCACCACCACCCCCUGGAGAAAAGAAAGCACCACUCCCAACGCCUCCAUCAACCCCCCCUGCUGUCACAAAGGCCCCAGUCUCGACCCUUGUGGAGGAGCCUGCUCAAGUAAUCGACUAUGCUAGUAUCUAUCAAGCAAAAUGGGACGUAAAAGCGGAUGAUGAAGAUGAACUCGAAUUUAGUCGAGGAGACUUGAUUUAUAUUUAUGAGAAGGCCAACAGCGAUUGGUGGGUGGGGUCCAAGUACAAACCCCAGGGGUACUCCAUCAAGCUAGUUCCGUCCAACUACAUUAUGAGGGCAUAUGACUUAUCCACAUCAUUGUUGGGUAUCAGUCCUUGUCUCCAGUGAGAGUAGUGCUCAAGGAGGCUUGCUCGCUGUGUCUGUAAGAAUUUUGCUUUCCUUUUCAGCUUUUUAUUCGUCUCAACAUCCUGAGGACAAAGCAUAAGUUAAAAAGAUUUGAAUUAAAAAUGCCAUAAAAUUUUAAUUUUUACAGACUUGACAAAAUUUAUCAUUAAUACUAAUCACUUAUCCUGGUUAGUAGAAUGUAAAACAUCUUGAGAGUGUGUCUUUGUUACUGCAUUUAUGUAUGUAAUCUUUGUUUAUCGAGGGUAGCAUAUUUAACAGAAUAUACAGUUUUCUAACA